AUGUCCCGAGAGCCCUCCAUACCCGAGACGCGCGUGCUCGCGAUCGCUAGCCAUGUCGUUCAUGGACAGGUCAAGGGACGCAAAACGACAGCCGACGAAAUCCUCGAGCUGUACGAGGGCCUGAAACAGUCAGAUUUGAACAACUUCGAUGUCUUGCUGUCGGGAUACAUGCCUAGCGCCGAGGCGGUGCAGGCCGUGGGCAAGAUUGGGAGGGAUUUGAGAUUUAAUGCUUCGGUCAAGCCAGGCAGCUUCUUCUGGGUGUUGGACCCUGUUAUGGGUGACCAAGGACGGUGCUACGUCCCUGAAGAUGAGAUCCCGCAGUACAAGACGCUGCUGCGCGAGGCAGACCUCAUCCUCCCGAAUCAAUUCGAGGCCGAACUGCUGUCCGACACCAAAAUCACCAACCUGACCACCCUCGCAACCGCCAUCCAACGCCUCCACUCGACCUAUCACAUCCCGCACAUCAUCAUCACGUCCCUGCGCCUCUCGCCCGACGACGACCACACCAUCCUGCCGCCUUCCACCGACAACCCCACGCACCUCACCGUCGUCGGCUCGACCGCGACCAGCGCCCACGCGCCGCGUCUCUUCCGCCUCGACGCGCCCGCUUUCCCGCACUUCUUCUCCGGCACCGGCGACAUGUUCGCCGCGCUGACGGUCGCGCGCCUGCGCGAGGCGUGCGCCCAAGCCGGGACCUUGGGACAGCCGAGCUGGCGCAGCGCCGACGACGUGAGGCCGGCGGAGCUGCCGCUGGCGCGGGCCACGGAGAAGGUGCUGGAGAGCAUGCAUGUUGUGCUCGGGAAGACGGCGGCGGCGUGCGAGGAGGAGAUGGCGCGGCUGGACGAGGAGGAAGGGAGGAUGCAGAGUGUUCCUGAUGGAGGGGAUGCGGAAGCAGCACGCGAGAGGACGUUCAAGCGGCACCUGAGGUGUAUGCGGGCGAGCGAGGUGAGGGUGGUUAGGAAUGUGGGUGAUUUGCUCCUGCUUGGGGACGGGAGCGAUAGGGAUAAAUUUGUCGCAAGGGAGGUUCUAGUGGACGGUUGGGAUGUGGAGGCUGGUGCGGUGCAGGUUGAGACGGCCUAA